AGUUUAAAGCUACAAUUGGCUGGUGUUACUGUUAUGCAGAUCUCCAUAAGGGUGGUAGCUAGAACUGACAUAAUACUGCUAGCUGACUUGCUGGGAUAGCUAUUAACGUUACCUUAUGCCGUAUUCUUAUUUUUCUGGUAUUAACUAAAUUGUAGUUUAGAAACUGUUUUCGACAUAACGUUGUCUUUAUAACGGGGUUGAUAGCGCUGUGGGAGCUUGACAAGUUGUGCCUGCUUUUGAAAACUUAGCCUGUUAGCUAGUUUAGCUAGCCGGGGGUUGGCACUGGGGAUCAGACUCGGAGAGCUGACCAGCUGGCUUGCUAGCCACUUUCUACCAGUCCGCUAGCUAAUGUUAUUGGCCAAGCUAACGGUACUGUAACAAUGCAAGUUAACUAGAUAGCUAUAUUCGCUAGCUAACUGUUAAGGCUAGAUAAAUCGUUUCGGGUAAACUGUGGUGUAGCUACAUGGAUUCGAUAGCUAGUUAGCCUGACGACAAGAACAUAACAUCUUAGCUUAACGUUAGUCCUCGCUACUGUACUUUUUUUGUUUCGUGAAGGGGAAGAAUGGAGAGAGACACUAUUUUGAGAUACAUUGAUAAAUGAAUUUUCAUCUGGCAAAGAUUGAUUUACAAGAAUUGGAUCGGACCUGGCGUUGACAAGCAAGCUGUAAACUCGCCCUGCUAGCUAGCUAAGUGGGCUAACGGUAGCUGACUGGCGUCAACAACCGAGCAGCUGAUUGCGGAUGGCCGGUGUCUCUGUAUUGGACAUGGAGACGGCUUCAUGCCCUCCGGUCCCUGUGCACCAGAACGGGACUGCUCACCGGGAGCCUCGGGGGUCCAGGCCAACCGCUGCUCCGGUGCUGCGGGUCCACCUCUACCACAGCAGCCUGGCUGGGCUAGACUCAACCCCCCUCAGCUACCCACCGGGGGACUACGUAGUCGAGCAACUGUGUGUCAAUGCAGCGAAGGAGUGCAGUGUGUCGCCUCUGUACUGCAGCCUGUUUGGGCUCUUCAGAGAGAGAGACGGCAUGUGGUUCCCCCCGAACCAUGUCUUCCAGCUAGAUGAAUAUGCCAAUGAAGACAUGGUCUUCAGAAUAAGGUACUAUUUCCCUGGCUGGUACAGCAGUGGAGCUACGAGGGCAUAUCGGUAUGGAGUCACCAAGGGCUCUGAGAGUCCUGUCCUCGAUGACUUUGUCAUGGCAUACCUCUUUGCCCAGUGGAGGAGUGACUUUGUGAAUGGCUGGGUGAAGAUCGCCAACACACAUGAGACUCAGGAGGAGUGCCUUGGCAUGGCUGUAUUGGACAUGAUGAGGACAGCCAAGGAAAGACAAAUGUCUCCGCUGGAUAUCUACAAUUCCAUAAGCUACAAGUCCUUCUUGCCCAAGGAAAUGAGGGCUCACAUCCAGGACUGCAACUUCGUGACCAGGAAGAGGAUCCGCUACCGCUUUAAGAAGUUCAUCCAGCAGUUCAGCCAGUGCCGGGCUACGGCACGCGACCUGAAGCUCAAAUACCUCAUCAACAUGGAGUCUCUCGAGCAGGCCUUCUAUACAGAACGCUUCCAGGUCAGGGAAUCCUCGGCAGGGCAGGUCACCAUCAUCGUGACGGCUGAUCAUGGCAUCCAGUGGUGCAGAGACGGGCACAAAGACACUGAGCAGGACCUGCAGACCUACUGUGAUUUUCCAGACGUUACUGACAUCAGUAUUAAACACGCCAAUAAGGAGGGCUCGAUGGAGAGUCGAGUGGUUACCAUCAAUAAACAAGACGGCAAGACUCUGGAGCUGGAGUUCAAUUGCCUCUCUGAAGCUCUGUCCUUUAUAUCGCUGAUUGAUGGCUACUAUCGUUUGACGACAGAUGCACACCACUACCUCUGUAAAGAAGUGGCACCCCCUGCACUGGUGGAGGCCAUUACCAGCCACUGUCAUGGUCCCAUUUCAAUGGAUUUUGCAAUUAAUAGACUGCAAAAAUCUGGGAACAAGCGGGGUCUGUACAUCCUGCGAUGCAGCGCUAAGGACUUUAACAAAUACUUUUUGACCUUCACCGUGGGGGUAUACGAUGGAAUUGAGUACAAGCACUGCCAGAUCACUAAGGCUGCUAAUGGAGAGUUCAAUCUGAGUGGAACCAAAAGGAACUUCAGCAACCUCCAGGAAUUGCUGAGCUGCUACCAGAAGGAGACUGUGCGCUCUGAUGGCAUAAUUUUCCAGUUCAGCAAGUGUUGCCCACCCAAAUCCAAAGACAAGUCCAGUUUACUGGUAUCCAGGAGUAACAAGGGCUCAGACGUGCCGCUCUCUCCCUCCCUACAGAAGCGCAACAUCAACCAAAUGGUGUUCCACAAGAUCAGGAAAGAGGACCUGGAAUAUACUGAGAGUCAAGGCCAAGGGACAUUCACAAAGAUCUUCAAAGGGGUCCGCAAGGAGCUGGGAGACUACGGGGAGAUGCACCAAACAGACGUCAUCAUGAAAGUCCUGGACAAGGCCCACAGGAACUACUCGGAGUCUUUCUUUGAGGCAGCCAGCAUGAUGAGCCAGCUAUCUCACAAGCACCUGGUGCUGAACUAUGGCGUGUGUGUGUGCGGGGAGGAGAAUAUCAUGGUGCAGGAGUAUGUGAAGUUUGGCUCCCUGGACACAUACCUGAAGAAGAACAAAAACUCAGUCAACAUCUUGUGGAAGCUUCAAGUGGCCAAGCAGCUUGCCUGGGCCAUGCACUUCCUGGAGGAAAAGAACCUUGUUCAUGGGAAUGUCUGUGCCAAGAACGUCCUGCUGAUCCGGGAAGAGGAUCGGAAAACUGGGAAUCCCCCCUUCAUCAAGCUGAGUGACCCUGGUGUCAGCAUCACUGUCCUGCCCAAAGAUAUUUUGGUUGAGCGAAUCCCCUGGGUGCCUCCUGAAUGUAUUGAGGAUUCUACCAACCUGAGCCUUGCAGCAGACAAGUGGAGCUUUGGCACAACGCUGUGGGAGAUCUGCAGUGGAGGGGAGAAACCACUGGCGACACUGGACAACUCUAAGAAAAACCUAUUUUACGAGGACCGCCACCAGCUGCCUGCUCCUAAGUGGACUGAGCUUGCUAACCUGAUCACCAGCUGCAUGGACUACGAGCCCACGUUCAGACCCUCUUUCAGGGUCAUCAUCAGGGACCUCAACAGCCUGUUCACUCCUGAAUAUGAGCUGAUUGUGGAGAGUGACCUCCUGCCAAACAGAACAGCAGCGUCACCAUGGGUCACUGGGGCUUUUGAGAACCAGGAGCCAGUCCAGUUUGAGGAGAGACACCUCAUCUUCCUACAGCAGUUAGGCAAGGGUAACUUUGGCAGUGUGGAGAUGUGCCGAUACGACCCACUCCAGGACAACACUGGGGAGGUUGUGGCUGUGAAGAAGCUUCAGCACAGCACGGCAGAGCACAUGCGGGACUUUGAGCGGGAGAUCGAGAUACUAAAGUCUCUUCAGCAUGAGAAUAUCGUCAAAUAUAAAGGAGUGUCUUACAGCGCAGGUCGGAGAAACCUGCGACUGAUCAUGGAAUACCUGCCCUAUGGGAGUCUGAGAGAUUACCUCAUCAAGAACAAGCAGAGAAUAGACCACAUGAAACUGGUGCAUUAUACCGCUCAGAUAUGCAAGGGUAUGGAGUACCUGGCAACCAAGCGCUACAUCCACAGAGAUCUGGCAACCCGGAACAUCCUGGUAGAGAGUGAGCUGAGGGUGAAGAUAGGGGACUUUGGCCUGAGCAAGGUCCUGCCCCAGGACAAGGAGUACUAUAUGGUCAAGGAGCCUGGAGAGAGCCCCAUCUUCUGGUAUGCCCCAGAGUCUCUGACGGAAAGCAAGUUCUCUGUGGCUUCUGACAUCUGGAGCUUUGGCGUAGUGCUCUAUGAACUGUUCACCCACAGCGACAAGAACUGCAGCCCUCCUGCAAUGUUCAUGGGCAUGAUGGGUAAUGACAAGAAGGGCCAGCUGAUUGUUUAUCAUCUCAUUGAGCUCCUCAAGUCGGGCAGCAGGCUGCCUCAACCUGUGGGCUGUCCCAUGGAGAUGCAUGAGAUAAUGCAGGAAUGCUGGGAUAAAGACCCAUGUUUGCGGCCCUCCUUCAAGGAGCUGGCCCUGCGUGUCGACCUGUUCCGUGACAGCAAGGAUACGUAGACAAACACCCUAAGUGCCCCUCUUCUAAGAGACUGUUUUUCUGCAUUCACUUGGUUGCCGUGUGUGUGUGUGUGUGUGUGUGCGUGUGCGUGUGUGUGUGUGACCGCCCCCCCUGUCCUUUUGCAGUGUGGCAAUAGAUUGGACUGAGAACAAGAUCUUCUACCAGGACACUAUAGAGACACUUGUAUCAAACAAGGUCUCAUUUCUCUUGAGUGUGUUUUUUCUUUUCUUCUCCAGCCCUUUGUUUUCUAAGCUAGCAGGGCUAGCCUUCACCUUUCUGUCCCCCCAUCUGAAAAAUGAAAGUAUGCUGGACUGAUGGAACGGAAUGUUUCUUCUAUUUGUGUCGUUUUCUGGAUGUAUAUACAUAUAUUUGUGUACAUAUGUCAAGAGGAUUUUAUAAUUUUAUAAAAUGAAAAGAAUACACUGCAGUCUGUAUUUGAAAUGUUAGACAAGAAGUCAGUGUAAAUGAAGUACAUUUAGAGAUUUAAAAAUCCAUUGAUUUAAAAUUCCAUUGUGAAGCAGGUGUUGUAAGAUUAAAAUAUAUAUCCAUGCUAUAUGAAAAA